AUGUUUCCAAAACAACUUUUAUUCUUGGUAUUCUUAUACCAUUUACAUGUCUUAUAUUGCAACAAACCUGAAAUCAACAUUGGUGUUUUCGUGAUGAAGGGAACAGAAAGUCCAUGGAGUAUCGGUAGAAGCGAAAAAGCGAUAGAAUUAGGCCAAAGAAAACUAAAGGAAAUGCUGGAGGGGUUGGCGACCGUUCGCUUCCUCAGAAGCAUGUCCAAAAUCGGUAGUUGUACCAAGUACGACUUUGGCGCACUCGGAGCAGAGCAUCGUUUUAUUAAAAAUACCUCUGUAUUUAUUGGACCUGGUUGCAGCACAGGUGUUGAAGCGAUAGGAAGAAUGGCAGCUGACUGGAAUAUUCCUCUUAUCACCCCCGUCGGAAUCAACUCUUUAUUCGACAACAAAACGUUCUUUCCAACGCUAACAAGAAUUUCAUUUUCAUUUGAUAUGGUUGGCCAGUUUUACCUGCAAUUAUUUCAAUUAUACAAAUGGAAGGAUAUUGCAAUUAUACGAGAUGCUUACCUUGAAAAAACACUGUCCAUUACUCAUUUCCAAAGUACUAGUCUUUUACAGCUUUUUACUGAAAAUGGACUUCGAGUUACUCUAUGUGAAACUCAAGUUUACGGUUUCACAAACGCUCUGAAAGCUGCAGCUAAAGUUUCAAGAGUGAUUAUAUUACUCUGCUUCUUUCAACGCAUACGAGGAUUGCUGUUGGAAGCUCAUGAUUUGGGUAUGACGAAUGGUGAAUUUGUUUUUAUAUACUUUAAAACAUUUUCACCUUUUUUGUCUGACUUGUGGUAUAUGGCAGGGGACCAAAAGACGAACGAGAUUGCAAAGAAAGCAUUCAAUGUACUACUGGUGGCACUUCCGAAAAACCCAGAGAGCCCCGAGAUCAAAGUAUUUGAAGCCUCCGUGAAGAAUCAUUCCAUUACCAAAUAUAAUUAUGAUUUUGAUACUGAGAAAACAGAUGUACAUCACUACAUAGUGGGAUACCAUGACUCUUUCCUAAUUUAUGGCAAAGUGAUAAAAGAUAUGAUUCAAAAUGGUGAGAAUGUAUUCGAUGGGCGACUAGUAACGAAAAGGAUGAGAAAUAAAACAUUUAGUGGACUAAUGGCGGGGAGGUUUAGGAUAAACGAAAACAGCGAUGGAGAGAGAGACCUAUCAGUUCUUGAUUUCGAUCCACAGGGAAAACUUUGGACAGUUGGGGUCUACUCUGGUGCUGACGCCAUAUUGCGCAUGGAGUCAGAUCGAAGUAUCAAGUGGCCAAUGGACAAAGGACCCCCAGUGAAUAGACCACGGUGUGGGUUCACGGGUGAUGACCCGAUCUGUUUUCCAGAAGAUGGAUCUAAUCUAUUGAUUGUCCUGGCCAUCGUCUUUUGUGCCAUACUAAUAAUUUUCCUGACUGCAGGAAAAAUGAUUUACAGACAGCUAAGACUACGUGUGGAAUUACAAAGCAAUUGGUGGAAAAUAGAAUGGGAAGAAUUAGAGAAGAAUUCUGAACGAAAUCAAUCCGUUUUGCGGAAUUCAAAAGUAUCUAAGCUUCAUAUUCUUUCUGAAAAUAACUACGUCAAAGAAUUCGAAAGCUUGGUCAAAAUGUAUAAGGGAUCUGCAGUUGCUCUCACACCAACUGUAAUUAAGAAUUUCCAACCAACUCGAGAUACACAGAUGGAAUUCAUCCAUCUUAGAAAUGUUAAUUGUAUUAACCUGACGAAGUUCUAUGGAUUGACUCAGAAAGACUCAGCAGAUUGGUACAUUAUAACGGAAGCCUGCAGUAGAGGAACACUAAAGUUCAUUCUCCAAGAUGAUGGUUUCAAAAUCAAUAAAGAUUUGCAAGCGUCGUUAAUAUGUGAUAUACUAAAGGGAUGUUGCUAUCUCCACAAUAGUCCUAUCGGUGUCCAUGGAAAUUUAAACAGUCAUCAAUGUUUGAUUGAUAGACGAUUUGUUCUUAAACUAGAUGGUUUCGGACUUCCAACGAUUCGAAGUAAAACUCUUGGAACAGACAAAAGAGAACUACUUUACUUUGCACCGGAGCUAUUAAGAAAUAUGCGAAGAAACACCCCGGUGCAGCAGUCCGCUGACGUAUACAGUUUUGGAAUGAUUGUGCUCGAAAUAAUAACCAGAAAAGAACCCUUUGAAGAUGAGAUGAAAUUUUGUUCCAUAGAAGACAUCAUCGAUAGGAUCAAAUUUCCAUCCAAAACACCAUUCAGACCAGGCCUCGAGGAUAAACUGGAAGGGGAUAAUUCACUCAUAUCUAUGAUGUAUUCAUGCUUGGAGGAAAAUGUAGAAAAUAGACCAACAUUUCCGAGUAUAGCAAAGGAUUCAAAGCAGAUGAAAUGGGGUACAUUAGGGGAGAACUUUCUUGACAACCUUCUUUCCCGAAUGGAGGAGUACGCUAAUAAUUUAGAAAAUGUUGCCGAGGAAAAAAUGCAUGCCUUUUUGGAUGAAAAAAGACGUUCAGAGGAGCUUCUUUAUCAGGUGUUACCCAGGAGCAUCGCACGUGACUUAAUUCAUGGAAACAAAAUAGAGGCUGAAGCAUACCAAUGUGUCACGAUUUACUUCAGUGAUAUUGUGGGCUUCACCUCAAUAUCCACAGUAAGCACACCCAUGCAGGUGGUAGACUUGCUCAACGAUUUGUAUACGUGCUUUGACACAGUCAUAGAGAACUUUGAUGUUUAUAAGGUGGAAACUAUUGGAGAUGCUUACAUGGUUGUUUCCGGUCUUCCUCUGCGCAAUGGGAAUGAGCACGUGACCGAGAUAGCUAAAAUGUCGGUGUCUAUCUUGGACAAUGUGAAGAACUUCCGAAUACGGCAUUUACCAGAAAUAAAUCUUCAGGCACGAAUAGGCAUUCAUUCAGGGCCUGUAUGUGCUGGAGUAGUAGGAAAACAGAUGCCCCGUUAUUGUUUGUUUGGAGAUACUGUCAAUACAGCAUCAAGAAUGGAAUCUAAUGGGGAAGCCAUGAAAAUCCACGUUAGUUUGGCAACACGAAAUCUCUUGGUUUCCCAUGAUCAGUUUUUGUUAAUUGAACGAGGACCCAUUGCAAUAAAGGGAAAAGGAAAGAUGACAACCUAUUGGCUAAUGGCAAAGAAUGAUGAGCUAUGA